AGAGCACAUGCAAUGGGGGUACAUGCAGGGUCCUUAGCGGUUAAACAUAUGGUACGUGGCGUGUUUUGGUUCGAUGGGAGAAUGUUUACGGUUUGGUAAAGGAAGCACUUUUGGUCAUUCUCGACCGAAGGAAAGAAAAAAAAAAAGCUCUGCGACGAGAGAAAGGCGAUUCCGAUUAACACGACACCAAGGCGAUUCCGAUUAAGAAAGAGGGUGACUCGAGACCGACUGUUGAACAAGGUUAACAAUUAUGGGACAAGAUUAUUCAUACAGCCAGCCUUCGUCAUCAUCAGAGUCGAUUGACAUUACCUCCCUUCUACAAGAAGAAGCGGACUUGUAUGCAGAUGAAGGUCAGAGCACCUACAAUAAUCCAGAACCAUUUGAGUAUCCAACUCAGCCAGAGGCAGAUCAAGGAAUCCCGACGUUAUGCUACUGUGGUGGUGACACUGUGCUUGCAACAUCCUCCACUCGUAAACAUCCCGGCAGGAGAUACAUCACGUGCUUGAACGAGGAUGAUGGAGACUGCCACAUCUGGAAAUGGUGGGAUGUGGCAGUCAUGGAGGAGAUUAGCGACUUCCAGAGGCAACUUAGGGUGCUUAAGGAGGAAGGCAAUUCGACUGAGCAUAAGCUGAUGCUGGUGGAGAAGAGUUUAUUUGAGUUAUCAAACCGGAAAUUAGGAGUUAAGCUAAUGGGAGUGAGCAGAAGCUGGUGGUGUGUAUUGGUUUUCUUAGUCUUCGUGUUGUUGUUUCUGCGUGGACUAGCUUCAAAGGAGAGUGUCUCAAAGCAACACUGUCUUAACUAACAAGGGUCAGCAGUAGGUCGUGGGAAGGAAGUCACGGGUGUAUGAAGUGAAGGUUGAAAGAAGUCACGGGUGAAUGAAGGCUUUUGUUGUUUACCUCAAGUGAAGGAAGUCACGGGUUUAUCUAAUAUGUUAUAUAAGUAGUUUCUCUGGUUGUCUCUAGCUAUGUAUCUCCUUUUUAUCUUUGUAUCCUCUCCAUCAAAACUUGUCUUUGUUUCCUCUCCAUCUAUCAUGUUCCUGGAUCUUGUAAUGCUUUCGUUUUAGAACAAGAAGUUGAUUAUAUUGCUUGGC